UAGAAACCCAAGCAUAAUAGGAGGAACCUUUCAGAUAUGGAAUCAUUGUCCCUCCGAUUUGUCAGUGAGUGCAUAACAUAACACCAAGUAGUAGCAACUUGAGUCAUGGGAGAAAAGAAAUCGUCACUUGUUUGAAAGAUCUUAUGUUACAAGUUACAAUGGAUGUGCAAUGACAUAGUGACAUGUCACUUUCAUGUUUUUUUUUUUUUUUUUAAUUUUCUGAUCCCAUGUGAGCCUCUCUAGAAGGACGAGACCCUCCAACCAUAAGCCAGACAGGUUAAAGCCAAGGGCCCAUGGGCUUAUUAUGCUUGUGAUUUGCAUGUGUUGCUUUCAAGAGAAAAGGGAGCUUUUUGGUUGGUUGGCUCUUUUAGCAGAUUGCUGUUCUGAGAGGCUUUGCAGUUUGCAACCAAGGUUUGUCAUUAUGCCAUGCUUUAAGCCCACUUGUGUGUUUGAUGUGAUUUUCUGGGUUAGAUAUAUUUUAAGCAUCUUUGGUGGUUGUGGAAGUUCAAUCAAGUGUUUUCAAUGUGAUUUGAGGACAAAGAUGAAAUCCUUGAGUAGCGUAGGUCUUGGUCUCAGUAUUAUUUUUGGUUGCCUUUUGUUGGCUCUGGUAGCUGAGGUUUACUAUCUGCUGUGGUGGAAGAAGAGGAUAACCAACAGAGAGAUUGAGAAUGAUUAUGGCAACCCAGUGAAGGAAUUGUUCUACAUGUUUUGUUGGAAAAGGCCAUCAUCAUCUUCUUUGAGGCAAACAAGUUUCACUCCUCCUGAGCUUUGUUCUUCAAUGAGAAUUGGUGACACCCUUGUUCAUGACCCAGAACAAGUUCAUUCUCAUAAUGGCAAGGACUUUGUUUUCAAACCCUUUGGGGAGGAUGGCAUCGAUGCAGAAUACAUGAGGCAACAGGAUCUUUUAGGUCCUCCAAGAUUCUUGUUCACCAUAGUAGAAGAAUCAAAGGAAGAUUUAGAAUCUGAUGAUGGAAAAUCUAAGUGUGACAAGAGUGGAAAAGGUUCAAGGGGUAGAAGCUUGGGUGAUUUGCUAGUUGUGGAGACACCAUACAUGACACCUACUACUUCUCCACCUUUUUUCACUCCUCCUUUUGCUACUCCUAUCAGUCCCUAUAACCAGCGAGGAUUCAACCCUCUUUUUGAAACAGUAACUGAUGCUGAGUUCAACAGAUUAAAGUCCUCACCUCCUCCAAAAUUCAAGUUCUUACAGGAAGCAGAAGAGAAGCUUAGAAGAAAACUAGAACAAGAUGAAAAUAAGGGAAAUGGAGAUGAGCUUGAAGGUUCUUUCAUCACAAUACUUGUUGACAAGAAAACAGAAAAAGAGGUUAAUCACCACCAUCCUCGUCCUCCACAGUACCAUUCAAGCACUUCACAGGUACUUCCCUUAGCUUCAUGACACAUUCACCAAACAAGAAGAAAGAAACCAGCUAACACCAAAGUUCUGGCAAGUCAAUUAUGAGUUUAUUUCUUCAUUAAUCUUUCUAAUUACAUGUUGAACAAUCCCACCUUUUUCGUAAUGGGAAUUUGUUUCUCCCCUUGAGUUGUAUGCAGUUAUGGUUUAAUCUGCUAAGCCAGUUGUGAGAUGUACUACUCUCAAUGUUUCAUAACCAUAUAGGGGACCAUAUUUUCAGAGUAUAAAUGCUUCAAGGUGGGUCUCAUGAAAUUGGAAAGUUUAUUUUUAUUUCAUUUUGCUAAACCUUACAAAGCUUUUAGUAGCUAGUGAGAAAUGGGGUAGAAAGAUCAAGAAGAACUUUCAAGCAAGUUGUUGAAUAUGUCAUGUCAUGGUGGAUAUCUCCAAAAAUCUAAAAUCUAAUGACAUGGUAUGAUUUGUGUAAUCAGUUUCGCAGAAAGCAUUUGUUCUGUUGUGU